AUGUUAGUAGUUCCAAAAAUUACGGGUGAUUUACCGACACAAAAUAUAACCAAUUUAUGUGGUAUACCGGAAAAUAUUAAGUUAGCCGAUCCGUCAUUCCAAGUCCCACAGAAGAUGGACAUUUUAAUCGGUGCUACACACUUUUACGACUUAUUGGGUGAUCAAAAAAUAAAACCGCAUUGUAACGGCCCGAUAUUUCAAGAAACAAAGUUGGGCUGGGUUGUAUCGGGGCCGGUGUCGAGUUUAGAACGUAAAACUGAAACGAAAAUAAUUAGUACCGCACAUCAUGCUACAUCGACACACACAGAACCAAUAUUAGAAAAUAUUUUACCAUGUUUUUGGCGUUUGGAAGAAGUCAAAAUCGAUGCUCCAUUCACCACGGAAGAAAAAAUAUGUAAAAAAUAUUUUGACGACACUGUGACGCGCGACAAGGACGGACGCUUUAUUGUACACCUACCAUUUCGUAAUAAUAGUUUAAAAAUAGGAAAUUCAUAUAAUAUCGCCAAACGUCGUUUUUUAUCUAUGGAGCGGCGACUUGAAAAUAACAUGGAGUUAAAAAAUGAAUAUAAAGAGUUAGGACACUUGGAACAAAUAUUCGACGACCAAUACGUCAAUAAUGUUAAUACGUGUUAUUUGCCGCAUCACGCAGUGGUGAAAGAGUCUAGCAAGUCGACGCGGCGCGGGUGCGAGUAG